CGAUACCAACUUUUUAUGAGGCCCCUCAGAACCCUGUUUAGUCAAUUAUUGUCUUUGUCUUGUUGCUAACAAAUUAUUGAGAACUACUUCUUCACUAUAAGCUUUGAUAUACCAACACACAGUUCGGUUACAAAGCUUGCAAGCAUUGCAUUUUUCACUCUUCUCCUUCAUAUCUUAAAUUUCUGAUCACUUGUUGAGAUCAUAUCAUGGCUGGUACACUUGUUGGUGGAGCUUUCCUCUCUGGCUUCAUUAACGUCGUCUUUGACAGGUUCCUUACAACUGAUGCUGUCAACUUGGUCUUGGGCAAGAAACUUGGCCCUGACUUGGUUCAAAGGCUGAAGACUGCUCUGUUGGGUGCUGAAGGUCUUGUUGCUGAUGCUGAGAUGAAGCAGUUUGGUAAUUCAUCUGUAAGGAAGUGGCUCGAUAGUCUCCGGGAUGCUGUUUACUGUGCUGAGGACUUGCUCGACACUGUCCUCGCCAAAGCCGCCACUCAAAAGGAGCUAAGUUCUUCCUGGUGGUCCCCUAGCUUCUUCAUCAACCGAGAUAGAGAUGACAUGGUAGACAAGAUAGAAGGGGUGGUUACACGAAUUGAGGAUCUUGGAAAACAAAAAGAUUUCCUUGGUCUUGAAAAGAUUCCCACUGGUAGCUCAUCAUGGAGGACUCCAUCCACUUCUCUUGUAAAAGGGAGUGUGUAUGGCAGGGAGGAUGACCAGAAGGCCUUAGUGCAGAUGCUGAAUGACAACAAUGAGCAUCACCUCUCUGUGAUCGCUAUUGUUGGCAUAGGUGGGGUUGGUAAAACAACUUUAGCCCAAUGGGUGUACAACAACAAGGAGUUUAUGAAGGGAUUUGAUCUGAAAGCAUGGGUUUGCGUUUCGGAGAAGUUUGAAGUUGUUGAGACUACAAGGAAUGUCAUAAAGCAGCUCCAUGGAGGUUCUUGUAGUCUCGAUGAUUUCAAUUCACUUCAACAUACUUUGAAAGGAGAAUUGUCCAAUAAGAAGUUUUUCAUUGUUCUUGAUGAUGUUUGGAGUGAUGAUGGUGACAAAUGGAGUAAUUUUAUGACCCCUUUCCAACAAAAUGGGAAUAAGGGAAGUAUUGCUCUUCUGACUACUCGGGAGGAAAAUGUUGUUUCUGCAGUUCGAAAUUGUCAGCCUUAUUUUCUCAGGAAGUUGUCGGAGGACUAUUGUUGGUCAGUGCUUGCAGAAAAUGCAUCUUUUCCACAGUCAAAUGGGAGAGCAGCACUUGAAGAAAUAGGAAGAAAGAUUGUCAAAAAGUGUGAUGGCUUGCCAUUAGCUGCAGAAACACUUGGUCACUUGUUACGUACUAAGCAUGAUAUUGAGGAAUGGAACAAGAUACUAAUGAGUCAUAUUUGGGAAUUUCCGGUGGAGAAGAGUAAGAUUAUUCCAGCAUUACUGAUAAGUUACUUCCAUCUUUCUCCAUAUUUAAAGCGUUGUUUUGUUUAUUGUGCUUUGUUUCCCAAGGAUUUUCAAUUUGAAAAAGAUGGAUUAAUACUUUUGUGGAUAGCAGAAGAUCUUUUACCACCACCAAAGAGAGGAGAGAGUUUAGAAGAAGUUGGUUGUGAGUGUUUUGAUGAACUUACUUCCAGAUUAUUUUUCACAGAGAUUCAAGAUGAUGACGAUCAUUAUUUUGUGAUGCAUGAUCUGUUGCAUGAUUUAGCAAUAUUCCUUGCUGGAGAUUUCUAUUGCAACUCAGAAGAACUUGGUGAAGAGGAGGAAAUAAGGAUUCAGACUCGGCAUUUGUUUGUAGAUUUACGUCGUUGUAGCUCAAAACUUUAUAAUUCUAUUUCUAAAGUAGAAUCUUUGAGAACAUUAUUAUUGUUUGGCGAUUUCUCAUCUCCCAACUGCAACUUUAAACUUAAUGUGGUGCUUGAUUCAAUAGGAGAAUUGAUCCAUCUACGCUACUUGGAUCUCUCUUGCACUAAUAUUAAGACAUUGCCAGAGUCUUUGUGUAAGUUGUGUAAUUUGCAAACAUUGAAGUUGAAUCAUUGUUCUAAUCUAAGUAUGCUGCCUAGUGGCUUGCAUAAUCUUGUGAGUUUGCGGCAUCUUGAUAUUAGGAAAACUUUGGAAGAAAUGCCCAGAAAAAUGAGCAAAUUGAAUCAAUUGCACGUUUUAAGUUUCUUUAUCAUGGGCAAGCACGAAGAGAAUGGAAUCCAAGAGUUAGGAGGGCUUGCAAAUCUUCAUGGAUCCUUUGAGAUUAAGAAAUUGGAAAAUAUUGUGGAUGUGAAUGAAGCAAAGAGCGCAAAGGUGAUGGAUAAGAAGCACAUUGAUGAAUUAUGCUUGGAAUGGUCUCCAAGUAAUGAUUUGGUUUCAAGCACACAAAAAGAAAGAGACAUGCUCGAUAACUUGCAAAUGCACAGUGGGUUGAAAGAGCUGAAAAUAAGGGAUACAAGGCUGCCAUCUCUUAAGUCCCUGUGCAUUGAAGGUUUUGAUCAGCUGAGGAGUAUUGGCGGCGAGUUUUACAAGAAUGAAGGAGAUCAUCAUGCUUCACAUAUUGCACCAUUUCCCUCACUAGAGACAUUGGAAUUUCAUUAUAUGGCAUGUUGGGAGGUGUGGCACGUAUCUGAGUCGGAAUCAUUUCCUCAACUUAGGUGGCUUCAAAUAAGAGAAUGUCCAAUGUUGAAGAAAGAGAUGCUUAAUCAGCACAACGGCAUGUAUCUUGAUGGGGAUAGUUUAUCAAUUGAGGGACGUGAAUCUGUGAAGGAGUCUGCAUUUAAGGCAAUGAUGAGCAUCAACCAUCUAACUUGCCUCCAAGAAAUACACAUCUGGAGGUGUAGCAAACUAGAAUUCCCCCAGCUACAGCUGCAGAAGUAUGAUUUGGUAGAACUAAAAAUACAUUCCAGCUGUAAUUCACUGACCUCGUUGUCAUUGGAAUUCUUUCCCAAUCUCAAGAAUCUGGAGAUAGAAGGGUGUAGGAAUCUGGAAUCAGUGUCAAUGUCAGAGGCACCACACGCUGCUCUUCAACGUCUCUCCAUCAGUGGAUGCUCCAAAUUAGUGUCAUUUGCAGGAGAAGGACUGGCUGCACCCAACUUGACUCAUCUUCAAGUCACAAAUUGUGAGAAGUUGGAGGCAUUACCACGUGACAUGAAGAGUCUACUCCCAAGUUUACAGUCUCUCGAGAUAUAUGGUUGCCCAAACAUUUGCAGGUUGCCAGAGGGUGGUUUGCCGCCUAACUUGAAAUCACUUGAAGUGGAAAUUGGCGAGCAACAGAUGAGGGAUCUAUCAUGGAUGGGUAACUUGCACGCCCUCACUCAUCUUACUAUUGAUGGGUGGAAGAACAUAAAGUCAUACCCAGAGGUGGGUUCGCUGCCUCACCUUCCCUCCCUUACCACUCUCAAGAUAUGCUGGUUCAAGAAUCUGGAGACAUUGGUCUGCAACUAGCUUCUCCGCCUCACCUCCCUUCAAAGCUGGAGAAUAUGGAAGGACAAAAGCUGCCUCCCUCUCUCUUGCUACUCAAAAUUGAAGGGUGUCGUUUGCUGGGAGAACACUGCAAGAACAAGCAUCAACUAAUCUGGCCCAAAAUUUCCCACAUCCCUGACAUUAAAGUCUUCUAAACAGAGAUUUCUGAGCAGGUAGCUUCUACCGAGGUACAAGUGCCCAGAUGGCUAAGAUUUCAGCACAUAUUCUUUAUAUAAAACAAACCAUACUUACAUUACCUUCAUUCAAUAUUGGACAAUGAAUUCUUGGGGUACAAUAUGGAGUAAU